CUAUUUUUUUUCUUUCCCCUUCAGAUCAGUGUGCGAGUUACCACCAUGGAUGCUGAGCUGGAGUUUGCCAUCCAGCCCAACACCACGGGGAAGCAGCUCUUUGAUCAGGUGGUAAAGACAAUUGGACUGAGAGAAGUUUGGUUUUUUGGACUUCAGUACCAGGAUACCAAGGGCUUCUCAACAUGGUUGAAACUCAACAAAAAGGUGACAGCCCAGGACGUUCGCAAGGAAAGCCCGUUGCUCUUCAAGUUCCGUGCCAAGUUCUACCCAGAGGACGUGGCUGAAGAGCUAAUUCAGGAUAUCACACAGCGCCUCUUCUUCCUUCAAGUGAAGGAGGGCAUCUUGAAUGAUGAUAUUUACUGCCCUCCAGAGACUGCCGUCCUUCUCGCUUCCUAUGCUGUCCAGUCAAAAUAUGCAGACUUCAACAAGGAAGUGCACAAGACUGGCUAUCUUGCUGGUGACAAACUCCUUCCACAAAGAGUUCUGGAGCAGCACAAACUCAACAAGGACCAGUGGGAGGAGAGGAUUCAGGUGUGGCAUGAGGAACAUCGGGGAAUGCUCAGAGAAGAUGCCAUCUUGGAAUACCUGAAAAUUGCACAAGACCUGGAAAUGUAUGGGGUGAACUACUUCAGUAUUAAGAACAAGAAAGGCUCUGAACUCUGGCUAGGUGUAGAUGCCCUUGGCCUCAACAUAUAUGAGCAGAAUGACAGGCUAACUCCAAAAAUUGGAUUUCCGUGGAGCGAGAUCAGGAAUAUCUCAUUCAAUGACAAGAAGUUUGUCAUCAAGCCCAUUGACAAGAAAGCUCCAGACUUUGUAUUCUAUGCCCCACGACUACGAAUUAACAAGCGAAUCCUGGCGCUGUGCAUGGGGAACCACGAACUCUACAUGCGCAGACGUAAGCCAGACACCAUUGAAGUGCAGCAAAUGAAGGCACAGGCUCGGGAAGAGAAACAUCAGAAACAGAUGGAGCGAGCCCUGCUGGAGAAUGAGAAGAAGAAGAGGGAACUGGCAGAGAAGGAGAAAGAGAAGAUUGAACGUGAGAAGGAGGAGCUGAUGGAACGGCUCAGGCAAAUUGAGGAGCAAACCAAGAAAGCUCAGCAAGAACUGGAAGAACAGACCCGCAAAGCAUUGGAGCUGGAUCAAGAAAGGAAACGAGCCCAGGAGGAAGCAGAGAAGCUGGCUAAGGAACGUCAGGAGGCAGAAGAGGCAAAGGAAGCCCUGCUGAAAGCUUCCAAUGACCAAAAGAAAACCCAGGAACAGCUGUCUUCAGAGAUGGCAGAGCUUACAUCUAGAAUCAUGCAGCUGGAGGUGGCCAGGCAGAAGAAGGAGAGUGAAGCCUUUGAGUGGCAGCAGAAGGCCCAGAUGGUGCAGGAGGACCUAGAAAAGACCAGAGAAGAACUGAAGACGGCUAUGACCACCCCUCAUGUCACUGAACCCAUCCAUGGUGAGAAUGAGAAUGAUGAACAGGAUGAGAAUGCUGCAGAGGCCAGUGCUGAACUGCGGUCGGAUGCUACUAUUAAGGACCGCAGUGAGGAGGACCGCACCACUGAAGCGGAGAAGAAUGAACGAGUCCAGAAACACUUGAAGGCUCUUACCUCAGAGCUGGCAAAUGCCAGGGAUGAAACCAAGAAGACAGCCAAUGACAUGAUCCAUGCUGAGAACAUGAGGCAGGGCCGAGAUAAGUACAAGACCCUCCGCCAGAUUCGACAGGGCAACACCAAGCAGCGCAUUGAUGAGUUUGAGUCCAUGUAAACUCUCCUGCACCUGCCGUCCCCGCACUCCCCAUUUUUUCCCGUCAUCUCCCAUCACUUGCGUGUAAUCGUGCUGCGCUGGAACCACUACAGAAGAAUGACCCUGGUCUUAUUUAUCGAGUUUUAUGCAGAUGCUGCAGUUCAGCAACAGAAGAACAAAUAAAAUGCCCAUGUUUUCUUGGGGGCAGGAGGGGAAGGGGGAGGUAGCUGUUGCUGGUGACAAAUCUGAAUUUCUUGCUCGGCUGCAUUGCGUAAAGCUUUGUAUUGCUUACCGAAACAACUGCACAGUCACCUUGCUCCACAGGGUGGAGGUGCAAUCAGAUGCUUACACUGAGUUCCUUAUGACAAUGCAGCCAUUUUGAAACCCGUACCUUGCCACCCAUUCAGAGUUGCAGUAUUAUAACUUACUAACCAGGGGCUAGACCUCUGCUUUAGCAUAGGAUCCGACCCCCAACUGAGAGGGUGGGAAGGCGAGGGUUGGAAGCGAGAUACAAUUGCUAUCGCUAAAAGACCAAAGCUUUUGCCCCUGAACUUAAGCAGGCCAAACUGAGCCUCUGUAAGCUGUCAGUGUUCACUUCUGCACAAUCCAGUAGAUAACAGCUUUGGUUGAGGACACAACUCUGAAUUUUUCUCAUGAUGAAUCCUUUAGAGUAGCUUUGGCAUUUUCCAUUGAGAUGGCUUAUUUUGGAGCAGCAAAUUUCUCAGUCAGCCAAGAGAGGAGUCUCCUCUCAAAGUAAAAUCCUUGCUCAUUGCCACUUGUCUUGCCAGUGCUGUUUGAAUGCAGCAGUAGCAGAGAGCUCAGGAACAGCUGCAGAUUCUGCUCACAGCCCUAAAAUAGAAUAGGGAAAGGAUGGGGGAGAAAGGGCAAAGGGAAGGGGUAGCGGCAAAAAAACAGGUGGGUUCCAACCAAAUGCAGGUACAACCACCAAAAAAAAAGUCUGAUUACAGUGCAUUACUCAUGCACAGAAUUAGACUUCCAGAAAAGGCCUUCAUUUUAAAAUGUAAGCUUUGGUGCCUUAUGAUUUCUUCACGUAUACAGAUGUAGUUCAGAGUUUUAACAAAGUGUCUUGUAACUGAAUCUGAUUUGCACCAAUUGGGGAACAAAAUUACAGACUUGGAUGCAUCUUUUUUUCUUUUAUUUUCUUUUUAAUCUAAAAUCUGCUUUGUCAUCAGUUUAAGUUUUUUUUUUUCUUUUCCCUCAAUGCUUCUGUUGGACCAGGCUAGAGAUGGAAUACACUUUUUUAAAAAAAAAAAGCUGUCUGUCCUGAAAGUAAUAAUGUCCUGGUAUUGUUGCCUUAAUCAUCAGAUAGCACCACCCUUUAUUCCUGGCUCAGGACCUUUCCCUUCUCCUUGGAAAGAUGUCUUGCCUUUUUGAGACUUUGAGAACAAAAUCCAUUUAGUCUUGAAGGAUCAUUUUGUCUUUCUGGUGAGGGGAGAUGGUAGGUCCUAUGCUAGCUGUUCUCUACCAUGGUUGAAAUGUCUAGCAAGUCCUGUUUUCCAAGUAGACUUCUAUUCAUUUUUGUCCACAUUGUAGUUUAAACAUAAUCUUCUUGGUCACUUGGGAAACAGCCAUGUCUGCUCAGGGUUGACUUGGACAUUGACUUGAACCUUUAUGGGAAGAAAAGGCAGGACAUGCUCCAGUUCAGAAAAGCCUUUUUUUUUCUUUUCUCUUUUAAAAUUGACUUCUCCUGCUCUGCCCUCCCUAGAUUUCAGGUACUUUUUCUUGCUCAGUGUGCUGCUAAAUCUAUGCAACUUUCUCAACUCUAUGGAGGCUCUCCCCCCUGUCCGUGCAAUGUCAGCACUAGAGUGAGUAUAGGAGAACAUCUGAAGGCUUUUCUAGAGCACUUCUAACCCACUGUAUGGAGGGGAAGAAGGGGCUCAGUGAGAUGUUGGUGGCAGGGGGUAGGGGACAGCAUGUGCCAAAAAGUCUUGUCAGUGUUAAUAAAUGGCAGUAUUUCUCUGGGAAUCUUUUGUGCUGUCUGAAACCACCUCCACUGGUAUCAGUAACUAUUUUUGGAAGCUAUGCCAGUUUGAGGGGAGAACCACAUGAAUGCUGACCAAAUAAACCUCUGUUAAAAGUAGCUUCAAAAGUGCACACCUUGGCUAUUCUCUGAAAGCUCUGUUUCAUUUUGGGCUCCCCCAGACUCAACGUGCCUUUUUAGGAGAGUGGGAAAUCUUACAGUCGGCCAAAAACACACCCCAGUGCUUUGAAAGUUACAAACAAAACAUUGCCGUUAACCUUGUCAGAACUGAUUUGCAUAUUUCUUUACUGAAGAAUUAUUGGCACUGAUUCUACAUGAGUCUCAUUACCGAGAGAACAAACAACCAUUAAAGCUUCACUUCUGGUGCUUUUAAGGCUGGUUCUCAGCAGUUCUGUUCUGUCCAUGGCAACUACUGGCGCAUUUUAAAAAGGAGGAGGAAAAAAAAAAAAAAAGCCCUUACUAUAUCUUCUUAACAAUUUCCUAAUGAAGAUACAGCGCCUGGAAUGUGUGGUCAAACAAUAAACCAGUAAACCUC